CUGAAUGUAGUCAAAAAUUAUACAUCGUUCACCCUGCAAAAACGAGAUACUAGGUGUCGUCGCAAGAGUUUUUGCUUCAAGAGCUACAUCGAGCAGGAAAUAUUUCCCAACGAGAAGACUUGGUUAGAGAAUCGAAGUUGCGAAAUCCCUGGUAGCAAAGGCGAUCUGUACCUGGCCAUGUGUCCAGCAGAUAUGCUUUGCGUCUCUGCUGCACCGUGUUCACUUGUCUGUUCCGUUGUUAGUAACAUUCAUACACAUAUGGGCAGCUGUGCUUACGCUCGUGCGAAUUACACACUGAAUGGAUGUUAA